AUGCCGUCGGACGACUACACAGCCGCCGCGGGCGGCGCUCUCAAGAUCAAAGGCGCCAAAAUCCACAAGAAGCAGAAGCAGAAGCAGAAGCAGAAGCAGAAGCAGAAGCACAAGGAAAAGACGACCAGCAAAGCGACCCUCGAGAAGGGCUUGUCCGCGGCCCAAGAGGCCGUUGUCGCCAAGAGCAGCCCCUCGUCAGAGCAUGGCGCCGAGGAAACCAACGCGCCUGUGCUAAAGACCGAGGCGGAGAGACGAUACGAACUGGUCAGGAAGAAGCGCCUUCAGAAACUGGCGGAAUCGUCUAGCGCGCGGCCGGAACUGCUCAAGACGCACAAGGAACGGGUGGAGGAACUCAACACUUACCUGUCGAAACUGAGCGAGCACCACGACAUGCCAAAGAUUGGACCGGGUUAA